CUCUUCGUUCAUUCUCAUUCAAUUCUUCCAAUCUCUCUCUCUCUUUCGGCUUUUCACUUCUCAGUUCCGCUCCAUCUUCAGCAAUCGAACAAAACCAAACCAUGCUUGGUAACGCUGCGACUCGCAUUGCCGCGCUCGCACCUGCGCUUGCAUCGGGGCGUCGUCCGUCUCCUCACUCUGCUGCUGCUGCUGCUGCUGCUACUGCUCUGCUGCUGCACACAGCUUCCGCUUCCGCCUCCGCCGCCGCUCCUUCUGCUUCUGCUUCGUCCGUCCCUGCUCGCGUCAUUCAAGUCCAGCAGCUGACUGCGGACUUUCGGGCCGCCGUUGCCAUUGUCGAGCAGCCAAUUCCGCUUCCGCUCAAGCCAAACCACGUCCUGAUCCGCAACCGCUUCCUGGGCAUCAACGCGUCCGACAUUAACUUUACUGCGGGGCGUUACAACCCGACCGUCAAGCCCCCGUUCAGCGCGGGUUUCGAGGCGCUGGGCGUUGUCGAGCACGUCGGCGCGGACGUCUCACACCUCCGCGUCGGAGAUGCCGUCGUGUACAUGGCGGACGGAUCGUUCUCGGAGGUCAUCUCGCUGGCUGCUGCGCGGUCGUUCAAGGUCCCGUCGCUCGACCCGGCGUACCUGACCUGCCUCGUCAGCGGCCUCACAGCGUCCAUUGCGCUCGAGGAGUGCGGCGAGAUCAAGAACGGCGAAAAGGUCCUCGUCACCGCCGCCGCGGGUGGCACGGGUCUCUGGGCUGUUCAGCUUGCUGCGCUCCAGGGCUGCAAGGUGUACGGCACGGCGUCGAGCACGGACAAGGUCGAGCUGCUCAACUCGCUCAACUGCCACGGCAUCAACUACAAGACGCAGAAUCUCAAGGACGUCCUCAAGGCCGAGGCGCCCACCGGCAUUGACGUCGUGUACGAGUCGGUCGGCGGCUCCAUGUUUGACACGGCUCUCGGCUCGCUUGCGCAGCGCGGUCGCCUCAUUGUCAUUGGCUACAUUACUUCGUACGCCGACCCGAGCGCCGCUCCCAAGCCCACCCUCGACUCUGCGUCCAUCUGCAGAAUCCUCCUGGGCAAGUCCUGCUCCAUUCGCGGCUUCUUCCUGAUGCAAUACACCGACAAGAUCAAGGCGCACUUGGAAAAGCUCAUCCAGCUCGUCGCCGACAAGAAGGUCAAGGGCUUUGUGGACUCGCGCAAAUUCGUCGGUCUUGAGGCCGUUGCCGACGCUGUCGAGUACCUGCACACUGGCAAGAGUGCUGGUAAAGUGGUUGUGGAGCUCCCCGCGCAGUAAACUUUGGUUGAGGAGUUGGGGCGACUCUUCCAAGCUUUGCGUUUUGUGUUUCUUUUUGACAUUGAUCUCUUGUUUUUUUUUGUUUGUGUUUUCGUUUGAUUCUGAUUUUGUGUUUCGUGCUUCAACCACGUGUUUGUUUUAUCAUUGCAAAUCCAGUUGUUUUCGGUG